AUGCCGUCGAGGAGAUCGCCCAUCCCGUGGAUUGACCCGGACAGUAAUCUGCACUGGUACGAUCCAGACGGCGGCUACGGAAGAGGCUACGAUGAUGAUCAAGCACCACCAGCGAUCGUGGCCGGCGGCGGCGCAGGCGGAGAGGAGACCGUCUUCUCCGGCGUGCGUCCCCCACGAGAUCGAGAUCGAGAUCGAGAUAGCGACAACGACCGCCGCGGCCACCCACACGAUUCGGGUCGUCGCACGUGCAUGAACAUCGAAGGCCCCUUUUACGACCAAGACUACGACCGCUGGGAUUACUACGACAUCGCACGGCCCGGAGGGCCCAGGAGGCUGGAUUAUUGUCGCCACGGCGAGGUCGAGGUCGUGUGUCUAUAUUGUAAUGGCAGCUAUGGAUGUGGAAGGGGGAGAGGACCCUCUCUGUCUAGGAGCAGGGAUCGUCGUCGUCGCCGAAGCGGCAGCCGCAAUGCUAUUCGUCGCCACGGCCACCGCCACGGCAGGCGACCUCGUGACGGUGACAGGGUCAUAGCAUGCUACGCGACCGACUUUGGCUAUGACUUUUACAACGGCAGACCGCCGCCACGACACGGCGGCGUCAUUGAUGGAUUCCCAGGAUCACGGAGGGUGGAGGACAGACACGGUCGACAUGGUCGGCAUGAUUCUUUGGAGCGUGGAUACGACGAUAGCCGCGGGGGCGGGUACUAUGAUUUUCCGUUUGACUUUGACUUCGACUUUGACAAUCAUUACGGGUCUGAUCAUGAUCACGACUACGACUACGAUUACGACUACGACUAUCACGACGGGGAUCGAAGGCGCAGACGAUCAAGGAGACGAGACAGAAACGAUAGUGCGGCAGAUCAUCUCUUGCGCGAAAUGGACAGGGUGGAACGCAGAGCCGACGAGGCUGAACGCCGGUUGUGGAGGGUGUAUGGGGCCUGA